CCAUAAUCGACCCAAGAAAAAAAAUUCAAUCACGCCAUUUCCCCGCAGGCCAUCUUACAUGCUCCAGUCUCACUGAACACCCAAUCUAGGAGACCACGGGUCCCACCGACACGUAGCUUGGACUUACCCGCACCGGGAGCAUGGAAUCUAAAACAGUCCCCUCGACCUCCUCUCUCCGCAUCAGACAAGCGAGGCUCCUGAAUCAGAGUGAAGCCGUGAACUCACUGUCGCCUCACCGACUGAAAGAAUCUGCCUCGACAAAACCCUAAGACCGGAAGAAAAUCCGGUCUUUACCAUCAUCGGAGUUCUUGUUUUCGGUGUUCCGUCAUCUCUGCAGCGGCUGGAAUUGCUCGAAAAUGGCUAACGAUUCGAGCCCGUCCAAUGGAAAUUCGGCGGCGGACAACACCCUGCAAGCCAUCUGCUACAGCCGCGGCUCCCUACGUCUACUCGAUCAGAGGAAGUUGCCACUGGAGUCGGUCUAUUUGGAUAUCAAAGAUUCAGCUGAUGGAUGGUUCGCAAUAAAGGAGAUGGUGGUUCGUGGGGCACCCGCAAUUGCAAUUUCAGCUGCCCUUUCUUUGGCUGUCGAAGUGUUCAACUUGCAGGCUUUUAAGGGGCCUCCCGAUGAAGCAGUUUCUUUCCUAGACAGCAAACUCGAUUAUCUCGUUUCGAGCCGUCCAACUGCUGUUAACCUUUCGGAUGCUGCAACAAAGCUGAAGGAAGUUAUAGGCAGUGUUGCUAAAACUGCCUCUGAAGCUAGAAUUAUCUUCGAGAGAUAUAUAGAAGCAGCUGAGAUUAUGCUGAAAGAGGAUUUUGCUUCAAACAAAGCAAUCGGCUCUCACGGAGCGAGUUUUAUCAAGCUCCACAUGAAGAGCUCCGGGAAGAUUUCUAUGUUGACCCAUUGCAACACUGGCAGCCUUGCCACAGCGGGAUAUGGGACAGCCCUAGGUGUGAUUCGAGCACUUCAUUUCCAAGGGUCAUUGGAGAGGGCUUAUUGCACUGAAACUCGCCCGUUCAAUCAAGGGUCAAGGCUCACUGCAUAUGAGCUUGUACACGAUAACAUCCCAGCUACCCUUAUAGCUGACUCUGCUGCUGCUGCCCUCAUGAAUUCAGGAAAAGUAGAUGCAGUUGUAGUCGGAGCAGAUCGCGUCGCUGCAAAUGGUGAUACUGCAAACAAGAUCGGAACCUACAGUCUUGCCCUGUGUGCAAAACAUCAUGAUAUUCCCUUUUAUGUGGCUGCGCCUCUCACUUCUGUUGACUUAUCUCUUCCUUCGGGUCGAGAGAUCAUUAUAGAAGAAAGAUCUGCAAAGGAACUGUUGAACACACGAGGGGGACUUGGGGAACAGGUGGCAGCAUCUGGUAUAUCGGUUUGGAAUCCUGCAUUUGAUGUCACUCCUGCGGAUCUAAUCAGUGGUAUCGUAACAGAAGAGGGUGUUAUCACGAAGAAUGGUUCAGAUACUUUCGACAUAAAAGCCUUUGUUGAUAAGGCCACGAGCAGAUGAGAGUUUAAGAUGAAGACUUUAGCUCAGCAGGAUAUCUAGAAGACUGAAGGAAAUGGGUUCAAGCAGUUGCCCGACUUGCUUGUUGGUACCAAACAUGAAUGUCAAUGUUUUCCAUGGAGAGUUUAUAUUCCUGAUUAAUGAUGGUAAUAAGAAAAUACUUUUUGAACUGCUUCUCACUGCAGUUGAAGCAUAAGCCUGUGAAUUGAUAUUUAUACUUAAAUUUGAUUUAUAAAAAAAAAAAAACUUUGUAAA